CGGCGCGGCCGGCUGUGCGCCCGGGCGGCGGUCGCGGGGCCGCCGGAGGUGGACGAGGACGAGGCGAUGAGCAUCGACAACCUCUGCCGCUUCUUCGACCUCAACGUCGGCAAGUGGAACGGCAUCUUCUACCAAUUCGAUGCGCACGGGAGGAUUCAGCAGGAGAUCACUACGCGGCUGUCCGUCAGCACGUACGGAGAGGGCGACCUCACCAGCCUCAUGCAAUCGCUGUAUAUCAAGCAGGCUUCUUCUGAGAUAACAUUUGUAGGCGAGGAGGAUCCUGAACCAGAGUGGGCCGAGUACAAAAUCAAAGAGACUAACAUGUUCACUGUAGAUAAAUAUCAACAGAUAGGGUUCUUUCAUGAACAGAAAGCAUUUGCACUGAGAUACCAGACUGCUGGAAUGCUGGAGACUGUUCUGCGAGCCGGUGUGCUUGGAGAAGAUGAUACCGGUGAAGAAUCCCCCAAGAACUUGAAGAUACCUUCUCGCAAACCAUCUAUUGUAUGUGAGAAUUGUCUUUACUCCCUCAAUGGCAAUGGUCGAGUGAGAGCUUUUCACAUAAGUGAUCCAAGCGGUGUGCUCGACACGCUUAUUGUUUUUCAUGAAAAUCAGGGCUCUGUAGUGCCACUUACCGACUCUUGGACUGAUGAUCCUGAGAUUUCAAGCAACGAUAGGAUAACUGCCCUGCUUGGAAGGUGGGAAGGUCAUUCGGUGACAAAGAGGAGCGGGGUGUAUGGAGCAACACUUGAUGAGGCCGAUACAGUUGUUCUCCUUGAAAUGGACAACGAUGGUCAGCUGAUUCAGGAUAAUAUUUCAACGAAAACUGGAACUAGCACAACAACAACGAUCCACUGGACAGGAGUAGCAAAUAACAACUUGCUUCAGUUUGAUGGAGGAUAUGAGAUUACUUUGCUACCUGGAGGGAUGUACAUGGGAUAUCCGUCAGACAUCAGCAAGUGCAUUGAACAGUUAGAUUCUUUUCAUUUGGAGUUUUGUUGGAUGGAAUUGCCAGGAAAGCGGCAGCGGCUUGUGCGGACUUUCGACGCGGCUGGUUUGGCUGUUUCAUCGACCUACUUCAUAGAAACCAAAGUAUGAGUCACUGAGUCACAACUUUGCUUAUUUUGUACCGAAAUGUAAUAGUACACCAAUUUUGUGAGCUUUCCAAUAAUCUCGCUGGUUAGUGUCAUGGUACAUUGUUCAGUACACGAUAAAUGAGUAUAUAUAGUUUCCAUGGAAA